AUGUCAGAACCCAAGGAGGAACUUGAACAUGCGCUGACGUUGACGAUCGAAUGCCACUGCGGACUAACCUCCUUCUCAGUCUCUAUCCCUCAUUCUUCUUUACCUUUGAAAUCCGCAAUCUGCCACUGCAACUCAUGCCGGCACGCCACCGGACAAAUCUUCGCCACCUUCGCCGUUCUGCCCGUCGCGGUGCCCGAGGCAGUCCUGGACAGCGGCCAUCUGGUACGCUAUAUUUCUUCUUCAGUAUGCGACAGGUGGUUCUGCAGAAGAUGCGGCGCCUCCGUCCUCAACCACGACAAAGACGCAGAGCCAGAAGAGUGGGAAGCUGGAACAGGUGUGCUCCGAUUUGAGGACGGACUUGAAGGAAAGCUGAACAGGGUCCAGCUUUGGGUCGAAGACGUCAGCGGUGAUGCAGGUGCAGCUGCCUGGAUCAACAGGGGACACUUGGUGGGUAUGGAUCGGCACUGGAGAGGACGGCAGAGCGAUCUGGUCAGCGACAAGACAGUCACAGAUCUAAUGCGACAGAACUCAGUGAGUUCAACAGCAGCUCGUUCGCACGACAACGACCGGCUGCGCGCCCAUUGUCAUUGUCGAAACGUCACAUUUUCCAUGGCCAGGCCCGAUCAGGACCUUAAUCAGCGGACCGGAAAGUUUGAAGCGAAUCUGGACGCUUGUACAUCCUGCCGACUUGUCACCGGCUUCGAAAUCACAAGCUGGAUCACAGUCCCGAGAGACUUGGUAUGCAUUGAUGAAGUCUCUCUCGACACUUUCCUCGCCGACAGAUCAAAGCUCGGCCACUAUCAAACUUCGUCCCACGUGGAUCGAUACUUCUGCGUCAAAUGUGGUGCAACAAUCUUUUACCACCAGCAGAACCUGGAGACCUUCGACGUGGGUGCAGGUCUGCUGGACACAGGGAGUGAAGGAAAAGCUCGUGCAGAAGACUGGCUGGCGUGGCAGCCGUAUCCGGAAUUUCUGUCAUAUCAAGAAGAUGCAAUAGACAAGGAAUUUGUAACAAACCUAGCAAAGAGCGUAAGACCGGAAGAAGUGGUGGCAGAUGAGACAGUGCAUGACGAUGCCGCUGUGGCUUAG